AUGCGCAAUGUGGAUCCUAGACAAUCAUACCACGAAUGUUAUAAAAAUAUUGUUCGUACAUGUCAAGACAAACAAGUGGAAAAGGUCCGGGAUAUCGAAUCGAUUGAAUGUCUUUCGGGUUGUUUCUGUGAUGGGCCAUUUAUCUGGGAUGCAGAGACUCAAAAGUGUGUUUAUCCUACUGAAUGUCAAAAUUCUAAGGAGAAUCAAAUUUGUUCUAAAGACGAUCCAAAAUCUGAAUUUAGAGUCUGUCAAUCAUCUACAAAAGCCACAUGUACAGAUCCCAACCCACUUGCAAUAAACAAAGACUGUCGCAGUGAAUGUCGUUGUAAAGAAGGUUAUGUAUUCAAUGAAAAAACAGAAAAAUGCAUGACUUUGGAAGACUGUGUUGACCACAAAUCAUCAAUGAGUAGUUGCGAUUCCAACUCCACAUACAGUGUGUGUGCCAGUGCAUGUCCCAAAACAUGCGCGAAUGCUUACGGUAACAAAAUGGCGCUGGCUACUUGUAUGGCUUGCUAUGAAGGGUGCGAAUGUAAACCAAACUAUCUGCGUACAAAAGAUAAACGUUGUGUGCUUAUCAAAGACUGUCCUGAACAAGAAAUAUUGUGCCCUUCUGAUAGACAAUAUAAAAGUUGUGAGCAUGUUAUUAAAACUUGUUCUACGAAUAUAACAAAUGAAGAUACAUGUCUUCGAGGAUGUUUUUGUAGAGAUGAUAUGGUUCAGAAUGCAAAUGGCCGCUGUAUAUAUCCGGGAGAAUGUACAAAUUCAUCAGAAAAUAGAAAAUGUCAAAAAUCUGAUGUAAAUUCACAUUAUGAAGAGUGUCAAUAUGUCCGACGUAGUUGUUCGGAUCCCAAUGGAGCAAAUCGUAGGAAAAGUGUCGAAAAGGAUGUGUGUGCAACGAUGGAUAUGUUUACUACAAAAAACUGAAUCGUUGUGUAACGCCAAGCACGUGUAAUUCAUAACAAUGGAUUUAUAUAUUUUUAUUCUGGAAAAAUCUCAUGUAUAAAUUGUGUAGUCAGUAAUUAUUUAUUAUAUUUAGAUAUAAACA